UUUUUCUCUGAAAACAUGUUACUGUAUACAAAAAUUAUGCCCCGUGCCCCUGAAAUCAUCCUUGCUCUUUGUUAUUCUCGCGCGCUUUCUUCUUGCACUCUUUUAAAAUUUAAGGGUAAGGCUGUUUUUUAUGGAUUAAGUUACAUAAAAAAUGAUAAAGGUAACAAUUAUAUGUGGAGAAGCUGAAUUUUUGUGAGUGGUGCUGUUGUAUUUCAUAGCUAAAUGAUUAACACACCACCUGUUCGACUAAAUUCCUCAGUGAAAAAUGCGUUGCUUCUUUACACCCAAAGGGGUAGGCUUUCUGUUGAAAAAAUUGGACGCCGACAAAUCUAAGCAUUUUCUAGUCUCUGGGUACUCUACAGUUUUUCAUAAUCAAGUGCCACUCGAGCUGCAGGAGAUUUGCAAGGUUGUUUCGAGCUCGAUUGGUAGUUUAGAUGAUUUAGAAUCUAGCUUGAAUGGUUUUAGAAUUUGUUUGACAUCGGCUAUUGUUAAUCAGAUUAUUGAUUGUUGCAAACAUGAGGCACCCACAAGAAGUUUGUUGAGAUUUUUUCUAUGGUCGAAUAAAAGAUCAGAUUUUGAUACGAAAGAUGAGGAUUUUAACCACGCGAUUCGAGUUUUGGCGGAGAAGAAGGAUCAUACUGCAAUGCAGAUUUUGAUUUCGGAUUUAAGGAAGGAGGGCCGUGUAAUGGAACCACAAACUUUUGGUCUUGUGGCUGAGAAUUUGGUAAAGCUAGGGAGAGAAGAUGACGCAUUGGGUAUAUUCAAGAACUUGGAUAAGUUCAAUUGCUCACAAGAUGGUGAAACUGUCACUGCUAUGAUCAGUGCUCUUUGUGCCAAAGGUCUUGCUAGGAAAGCAUAUGGGGUGUUUUGGCACCACAAGGAUAAGAUAUCGGAAGUUAUGAAGCCUUGCGUUUAUAGGAGUCUUAUAUAUGGUUGGUCAGUGCAAAAGAAUGUGAAAGAAGCACGAAAAGUAAUUCAAGAGAUGAAGGGAGAUGGGGUGAUGCCGGAUUUGUUUAGUUUUAAUACAUUUCUCAAGUGCCUUUGUGAGGGAAACGUCUUACGCAAUCCUUCAGGACUUGUUCCUGAAUCUUUGAAUGUGAUGAUGGAAAUGAGAACUUAUAAGAUAGAGCCAAACUCGAAUAGUUAUAAUAUAUUGCUAUCUUGUCUUGGGAGGGUGAGAAGAGUUCAGGAAUCUUGUAGGAUACUCGAAUCAAUGAAAAAGUCAGGAUGCGACCCAGAUUGGGUUAGCUAUUAUCUUGUUGUGAAGUUGUUGUAUAUAACUGGGAGAUUUGGUAAAGGGAAUAAGACAGUUGAUGAGAUGAUCGAAAUGGGGCUAGUCCCGGAUCGUAAGUUUUACUACGAUUUGAUUGGCGUUCUCUGCGGGGUUGAGAGAGUGAAUUUUGCUCUUGAAUUGUUUGAACGAAUGAAGAGAAACUCGCUGGGUGGUUAUGGGCCAGUGUAUGAUGUGUUGAUACCUAAGCUUUGUAGAGGGGGCAACUUUGACAAAGGUAAAGAGCUGUGGGAUGAGGCCAUGGCUAUGGGCGUCACGCUUCACUGCUCAAACGAUGUAUUAGAUCCCUUAAUAACCAAAGUUUUCAAGCCAACAAGAAAGGUGGAGGAAGAGGUCAGGCUUCAGGUAAGCAUUGCAGCUGACAGACCCAAGACUCGAGUACGGGUUAGGAAAACCAAGAGAAAACGAAACAAGAAAAUGGCUAGGAGCCAAGGAGCAAGAAAACGAAAAGAUCGGCUAAGAAAUAACUGAUAACUUGAGAAGCAAAUGGGAGAUGAUAAGGAGACGGCAUGUAGAUAUUGGAAGGUGGAUGGUCCCUACAUCAAGCAGACCCAUAAUACAAAAAUGCACAUGGAAAUGUUUUUAUUAUUUUGAGAGAGUGUUAUUAACGCGCUUGUCGUGGAGCGUGAAAAAAUGGGGGAUCGGUGUUGCAAAGCUGCAAGAUUAGUUCUAACAUGUACGAGAAGAAAAGAGGAGAGUUUUACAUUUCUAGGAUCUUUCUUCUUACAUAUUAGAAUCUCAGGAUAGACGCGUUAAAGUUAGAUUAGAGCUGUACUUUACCAACACAAAACAGAUUGGCCCGCAAACACAGGACUGUCCAUUUGACAGACGGAUAUUUAUUCCAUUAAUUCUUUUAAAUUUAU